AUGACUAGGCAGUACUCCCCAUGGUUCCGUUUAAUUAGCAGGCUUAUGGAGUGCCCAAAGGAGAUGCAUCUCUUAGCUGCAAAAAAAAUACUUUGGUAUUUGAAAGGCAUGGCUAAUUUCGGAUUGUUCUACAAAAAGGGUGAAAAGACAAAUUUGUUUGGCUUCACUGACAGUGAUUAUGCUGGCAAUUUUGAUUAUAGAAAGAGUACUUCUGGUUAUGCUUUUAUGUUGGGUACAGGGGUUGUUUCAUGGUCUUCAAAGAAGCAACCAAUAGUCACUUUGUCCACUACAAAAGCUGAGUUUGUAGUUGCUACAGCUUGUGCCUCCCAAGCUAUUUGGUUGAGAAAUAUUAUUGAAGAACUACAUUUUUUUAUAGCAAGGAGCAACAACGAUCUUUUGUGA